AUGAGGUCGACAACAUUACUCGUCGUGGCGCUGACGACGCUCGCCAGCGGUGUCAACGGAGUGCGGGCCGCGGCGAACCUGUGCUUCUUCCCCGGCGGCGUGCAGAGCCUCGACGUGCCGUGCGACCCCAAGGCCGAGGUCAGCAUGUGCUGCGGCAGCGUGAACGCGUGCCUGAGCAACGGGCUGUGCAAGCUCGAGGACACUUCGAACAACACGGGCAUCGCGUACGCGAGAGGGACGUACCCCGAUACGAGAAAGAACAACACGGCCUUCGACUUCCGCUUCAACGGCGUGCAGGUCUGGCAAUGCGACUCGCAAGGCUUCGCCACGCCGGGCAAGUUCUGCUGCGAAUCCGCCGCCGAGAAGACGCGGUGCUGCUCCACGCCGGCCGCCGUCUUCGGCCCGCUCAUCGCCGCGACGCCGGGCAACGCCGCCGCCGUGCAGACGCUCAACACCAACUCCAAGUCCACGCCCACGCAGUCCGCCUCGGGCUCGCACAAGACGGGCGGCACCGCGGCGGAGGCGACGGGGCCGGGGCACACGCCGGCGAUCACGAGCGCGCCGACGAUGACGUCCAAGAUCCCGGCGUCCACCCCCGCCGCUGGGUCGGGAACGGGCGCCACGACGGGCGAGACGACGAGCGGCACGACGGAGAAGCAGGGCCUGAGCACGGUGGCGACGGUCGGGAUGGGCGUGGGCGCGAGCGUGGGCGGCGCCCUGCUGGUUGCGGUCGGGGUGAUGUGGUGGAUGAGGAAGGAGAGGAGGGAGAGGGGCCCCGUGGAGCUAGACGGGAGCAGCGUGUACGGGGCCGGCGGCAACGGCGGGGAUCUGUCGCGGGCGAACUCGGGGCGGAUCGCGUACGGCGGGAUGAAUGUGGGAAACGGGACGGGGACGAUCAGCUCGAUGGGCACGGGGACGUAUGUGAACGGCAUGGGGACGAUGGGCGGAAGGAGGGCGAGCAGUGAGUGGGACGGCAGCCCGGGCGGACUGGGCGGGUCGUAUCAGAUGGCGGAGAUUGACGGCAAGGAGGCGCUGGUGGUUGGGGAGCCGAAGGGGCGGAAGAAGAGUCUGUAUGAGUUGCCGUAG